GAAGAAGGGCAGUCUGGGAGUAACAAGCGGCGCUAGUAACAUUUCGGUCACUGGGGAUAAACAAGUGUCUAGCUGUGUCUGCACAACAUAAAGGGACGCAUUAUUGCUUUUUGCAAUGGUGGCAGAAACCCGCUAGAAAGCCAUUUGGACUGGUAGCAGAACUCCAGAUCUCAUUUCACGUUUCAUUGAAGACAGAUGGUUUUGAGAGAUGGAUCAAACGGUUUUGGACAACCCUGUAACCCUUGUCAUCAGGGCCCCCAACCAAAAGUACAAUGACCAGACAAUCAACUGUUACCAAAACUGGACCGUGGAGAAACUGAAAGCCCACCUCUCUGAUGUGUACCCCAGUAAACCUAGCUCCAAAGACCAGCGGCUGGUAUAUUCUGGAAAACUACUUUUGGAUCACUUUACCUUAAAAGAUGUGCUCAGGAAGCAGGAUGAGUACCAUAUGCUCCAUCUGGUGUGCGCCUCGCGAACCCCUCCCAGCUCCCCAAAGCCACCCCGCAGUCACAGUAACAAGCCUCAGGAGAGCGCCGCCGCUCCCACGAGUGCACAAAACUCAAAUAGCCCCAGACAGGAUGUGCAGUCGUCUGCAGGAGAGAGCAGCGGUGGACUCGGACAGCACGGUGGACCUUUCCCUUACCAACAGAUGUAUCCUCAGUUUAUGCACAGCUGGAGUCAGCACUCCCAGCCUACGCUUCCCACAAACAUGCCCACUUAUUACAACCCCUUGACAGUGAUGUGGUGGCAGCAGCUGUAUGCCAGGCAGUACUACAUGCAUUAUCACCUGCUCGCUGCCUCCUCUCAGCACCUGAGGCCCGACCUGCCCUCCGGUCAGUUUGACCAGCCCGAGCCAAUGAGUCGGCGACCGCAGGGGGGUCGCCACGGAAACCCAGAAGUCCAGAUGAACGCCCAAGGUGGGGAGAUCAUGAAUGAAGAGGAUCUGAACAGGGACUGGCUGGACUGGGUGUACACAUUCUCACGCGCUGCCAUCUUACUUAGCAUCGUCUACUUCUACUCCUCCUUCAGCCGCUUUGUCAUGGUCAUGGUGGCCAUGCUGGUGCUGUACCUACACCAGGCUGGCUGGUUUCCCUUUAAUCUGGAGAACGAACUCCAACUUCCUGGAGACGGAGCCAAUCAGGAGGACAUGGAGGGAGACCUGCAGAACCAAGACCUGCAAGAAAUGGAAGGGCUGAACGAUGAAGGCUCUGACGAUGACGGGGACAGUGGGGAGGAAGUGGCUGAGGACGCUAACAGCGGCCCUCACGCAGGCUUCUUUUCCUCCACGUGGUCAUUCAUCAUAACAUUCUUCAUGUCGCUCAUCCCCGAGGGGCCGCCCAACGCCGCUAACUGA